CCCCCUCUCCUAUCAAGUCAUCUGGACACACCCAUCUCUUGCAGAACCCAUACUGCCAACAUUUUGCGUAGCCUUACAAUGGCGACCACAACCAUGUCUCUCUCCUCCUCGACCUUUGCCGGCAAGGCGGUGAAGAAUGUACAAUCGUCGACUCUCUUUGGCGAGGCCCGUGUCACCAUGCGCAAGACUGCAGCGAAGGCGAAACGGGUUUCCUCUAGCAGCCCAUGGUACGGUGCCGACCGUGUGCUCUACCUCGGCCCACUCUCUGGCGAGCCUCCGAGCUACCUGACCGGUGAAUUCCCUGGCGACUAUGGGUGGGACACCGCCGGGCUUUCGGCUGACCCCGAAACCUUCGCCAAGAACCGGGAGCUAGAGGUGAUCCACUGUCGUUGGGCCAUGCUUGGGGCGCUUGGUUGCAUCUUCCCUGAGUUACUCGCCCGCAACGGUGUCAAGUUUGGCGAGGCCGUUUGGUUCAAGGCUGGCUCCCAGAUUUUUAGCGAGGGUGGUCUCGACUACCUCGGCAACCCCAGCCUCGUCCAAGCGCAAAGCAUCCUAGCUAUUUGGGCGUGUCAAGUCGUGCUAAUGGGUGCCGUCGAGGGGUACCGCAUUGCCGGCGGCCCACUUGGCGAAAUCGUGGACCCACUCUACCCAGGCGGCAGCUUCGACCCUCUCGGUCUAGCCGAUGACCCUGAGGCAUUCGCUGAGCUCAAGGUGAAGGAGAUCAAGAACGGGCGUCUCGCUAUGUUCUCAAUGUUUGGUUUCUUUGUCCAAGCUAUCGUCACAGGCAAGGGCCCUCUUGAGAACCUCGCUGACCACAUCACUGACCCCGUCAACAACAAUGCUUGGGCGUUUGCCACCAAUUUUGUUCCCGGCAAGUAAGUUAUCUUGAAGCCUGUGCACACCACCAAGCGUGUUUAUUGUACAGCCUGAGUUGUACUACCAUGAUGUAAAUUACAAUAAUUUUAUGCAAAAGCAAUGCAAGAUUUGUCCGCCUUCAAUGU